UCAUACUGGACCAGAAAAGUUGUUGAGGCCUGGAUGGUGUCUUGUGUGGUCACUGGAAGAAGCCAACAAAGUGUUGAGAGUGUGCCUCCAAUCUCCUGGGGGUCCAUGAGAUGGCCACAGAUGACAAGCCAUCUCCGACGCCGGACUCAACGAGUGAGGUGCCCUCCUCCCCUGGCGGCAGUCCUUCCCACCUUACACACUUCAAGCCUUUGACUCCCGACCAAGAUGAACCUGCUUUUAAAUCUGCCUACAGCUCUUUCGUGAAUCUCUUCCGUUUUUCUAAAGAUGAUGGUCGACCUGUUUUCUCUGCAGAGAGAGCCGAAACGGGGCAAGGGGACCAGCCGCCUCUGAACACAAGCUGGCCGAGCCCGCAACACUGUUCGAGGGGACAGUCCCUGCGAUCACCAGUGCCUUACAAAAAGACGAUCGCUGGGGAGCUGCAGAGGAGAUCUUCCACGUCGUUAGACAGUCGAAGAAAAGAGCCACCCCUCGGUGGUCAUGACCCUCGGACGGCUGUUCAGCUCCGAAGCCUCACCACAGUCUUGAAGCGGCUCAAAGAAAUCAUGGAAGGAAAAAGCCAGGACAGCGAUCUGAAGCAAUACUGGAUGCCAGAUAGUCAGUGCAAAGAGUGUUACGAUUGUAGUGAGAAAUUCACUACCUUCCGCCGAAGACACCACUGCCGAUUAUGCGGGCAGAUCUUCUGCAGCCGAUGCUGCAACCAAGAAAUACCUGGGAAAUUCAUGGGUUACACAGGUGAUCUCAGAGCUUGCACUUACUGUCGUAAAAUAGCCUUAAGCUACGCACACUCCACAGACAGCAACUCCAUUGGGGAAGACCUGAGCGCCUUGUCGGAUUCUCCCAGUUGUGUGUCAGUGCUGGAUCCGGGGGAGCCACGGACCCCUGUCGCCAGCAGAAAGGCGAGUCGCAACAUCUUUCUGGAAGAAGACCUCACCUGGCAAAGCCUGACCCACGGAGAAUCUUCCCCCACCCCUUUGUCGACGCGCCUUGGAAUCGUUCAAGAGGACGCGGGGAAAUCUCCUGCUCGGAACAGGUCAGCCAGCAUCACAAACCUGUCUCUGGACCGUUCCGGGACUUCCAUGGGGCCUGCCUACGAGACCUCCGUCAGUCCACAAGCGAACCGCAAUUAUGCAAAGGAGGCCAAUGAAGAUGAGCGCAAAAUUCUGCUGGACUCUGUCCAGUUGAAGGACCUGUGGAAGAAAAUCUGCCACCACAGCAACGGGAUGGAGUUUCAGGACCACCGCUAUUGGCUGCGGACGCAUCCCAACUGCAUUGUGGGAAAGGAGCUGGUGAACUGGCUCAUGAGGAAUGGCCACAUCACCACGAGAGCUCAAGCCAUAGCGAUUGGGCAGGCCUUGGUCGACGGCCGGUGGUUGGAAUGCGUCAGCCAUCACGAUCAGCUCUUCCGAGAUGAGUAUGCACUUUACAGGCCACUACAGAGCACUGAAUUUUCGGAAACCCCGUCUCCGGACAGUGAUUCUGUCAACUCCGUGGAAGGCCACUCCGAACCCUCCUGGUUCAAAGACAUCAAAUUCGACGACAGCGACACAGAACAGAUUGCCGAAGAAGGAGAUGAUAACAUGACCAAUUCCGCCAGCCCUAGCAAGCGUCCCUCAGUCAGCAGCUUCCAGUCUGCCAUGGACAGCGACUCAGCCGCUUCCAUCAGCCUGAACGUGGAGCUGGACAACGUGAACUUCCAUAUCAAGAAGCACUCCAAGUACCCUCACGUGCCCCCUCACCCUGCCGACCAGAAAGAGUACUUGAUUGCAGACAACGGAGGGCAACAGAUGAUCUCAAUAAGUGACGCUUUCAUCAAAGAGUCGUUGUUCAAUCGGAGGGUGGAAGAAAAAUCCAAAGAUCUUUUCUUCACGCCUUUGGGGUGGCACCAUAGCAACCUUGACUUGCUGAGAGAGGAAAAUGGGGAAAAGCAAGCGAUGGAGAGACUGCUCUCGGCCAAUCACAACCACAUGCUGGCACUGCUCCAGCAGUUGCUAUACAACGAGUCCUUAUCCCUCUCUUGGAGGGACAUUAUUGUGCCCGUCGUCUGCCAGGUGGUUCAGACCGUCCGUCCCGAUGUCAAGAACAGGGACGACGACAUGGACAUCCGCCAGUUCGUCCAUGUCAAGAAGAUUCCCGGUGGGAAAAAAUUUGACUCGAUGAUGGUGAACGGGUUUGUGUGCACCAAGAACAUUGUUCAUAAAAAGAUGAAUUUCUGUAUUAAAAAUCCCAAAAUUCUUCUGUUGAAAUGUUCCAUUGAAUACCUCUACCGAGAAGAAACAAAGUUUACGUGUAUAGAUCCUAUAGUCCGUCAGGAAAGGGAAUUUUUGAAGAACUACGUUCAGCGGAUAGUGGACGUCAGGCCCACUUUGGUCCUGGUUGAAAAAACGGUGGCCCAUAUUGCCCAGGAGCUGCUGCUGGAACAUGGCAUUACACUAGUCACGAAUGUUAAGCCGCAAGUGUUGGACAGAGUAAGUCGAAUGACUCAGGGAGACUUAGUGAUGUCGAUGGACCAGUUGUUGACCAAGCCACACCUGGGAACCUGCCACAAGUUUUACAUCCAAGUGUUCCAGUUGCCUAAUGAGCAAACAAAGACCUUGAUGUUUUUUGACGGAUGUCCGCAGCACCUGGGUUGCACUAUUAAGCUGCGUGGUGCUGGCGAGUAUGAGCUGGCUCGUGUAAAGGAGAUCCUCAUCUUUAUGAUCUGUGUGGCUUACCAUUCCCAGCUAGAGAUCUCCUUCCUCAUGGACGAAUUUGCCAUGCCCCCGAUGCUGGCCAGGAAUGGCUCCCUUCUCUCUCCCUCCGAAAAGCAGUGGGGAGAAGAAAACGGGUAUCAAAACCUGCCAAGCAGAGAAAGCAGCACGACAAUAAAAGAUGCAGAUGUGUUUUCCGACAAGCUGCCGAUUAUCUCCGAAUUGGUGUUGUCCGACAACAUCGGCGCCUUGGAACAAAAAAUUCUGACAGAAGAUGACAGUGGUGACUUCCCAGUGGAUUUAACAGCGUGCUUUACGCCAACACUGGUGCCGGAGCCACUGUUGGCCCUCCACCUGGGGAUUUUAGACAGCGAUCCGUUGGAUAGCCUGCAGGAUUUGGAUAGUCUUCGGGAGCCGAACAGUCACACGAGAGUUUUUAGGGAUCCCUUGCAAGAUGACACCGGACUGUACAUCACAGAAGAAGUGACCUCCUCAGAAGACCGCCUCAAAUCCUUCUCCUUGGCCUUUAACCAAGAGCUGGAAGAUGUAAUUCUCUGCAUUUCCCCCAUAAUCACCUUCCCGGAGCCCUUUCUGCUAACAGAGAGGGGCAUGCGGUGCCCCACCAGGGAGUAUUUCCCGGAGCAGGUUUAUUUGUCUCCUCUCCUCAACAAGGAAUGCAAAGAGCUGGAGAGCAGGAGGAAGAAGCAGCUGCUGAGGGACAUCUGUGGGCUGCAGGCGAUGAACGGGAGCACCCAGGCCAAACCCCUUCAGAUCUUGCCCCCCCACGAGCUGGUGGUCAGCCGAAUCGCAGAGUCCCUGAGCACCAGCAAAGAGCUGGCCACGAUGCUGUCCGACUACCGGGCCAGGGGAGGGAGGAUUGCUCAGAAAAGCUCGGAUCCAUUUGUUCAACCAAAAGAGGCCCCCGGCACGAAAGCAGAAGACUGCGAGAGGGGCUUUGUUCAGAAUGAAUCUUUAUGGGCCCAUAAAGUGGACUGCCUCAGCCCUCUGAAUCACCAGAGGCUCUGCGUGUUGUUCAGCAGCUCUUCGACCCAAUCCAGCAACGCUCCAAGCGCCUGCGUUAGCCCAUGGAUUGUGACGAUGGAAUUCUAUGGAAAGAAUGAUCUCACUUUGGGAGUGUUUCUUGAAAGAUAUUGCUUCAGGCCCUCUUACCAGUGCCCUAGCAUGUUCUGUGAAACUCCCAUGGUGCACCACAUCCGUCGCUUUGUCCACGGGCAAGGCUGCGUGCAAAUCAUCCUGAAGGAACUGGACUCCCCGGUGCCUGGCUACCAGCACACCAUCCUGACGUACUCCUGGUGUAGAAUAUGCAAGCAGGUAACGCCAGUCGUCCCGCUUUCCAACGACUCAUGGUCAAUGUCGUUCGCCAAAUACCUUGAGCUGCGUUUCUAUGGGCAUCAGUACACGCGCAGAGCCAAUGCUGAGCCUUGUGGCCACUCCAUACACCACGACUACCACCAGUAUUUUUCGUACAAUCAGAUGGUGGCCUCUUUUAGUUAUUCUCCUAUCCGGUUGCUUGAGGUGUGCGUGCCACACCCCAAGAUCUACAUCAAACGUCGGGUUCCAUUAAAGGUUACCAUUCUUCAAGACCUGAAAGAUUUUGCUCAAAAGGUGUCCCUGGUGUACGCUGCUGUGGAUGAACGCCUCACCUCUCUGAAAACAGAUACCUUUAGUAAAACGAGGGAGGAGAAGAUGGAAGACCUCUUUGCACAAAAGGAGAUGGAGGAAGUUGAGUUCCGGAACUGGAUUGAGAAAAUUCAAGCAAGGAUGCUCUCGGCAUCUCUGGACACUCCUCAGCAGCUGCAGUCAGUCUUCGAAUCUCUGGUCACAAAAAAACAGAACCUCUGUGAGAUGCUUCAAGCGUGGAAUAACAGGCUACAGGAUCUCUUCCAACAAGAGAAAGGCAGGAAACGCCCCUCGGUGCCCCCUAGUCCCGGAAGACUGAGGCAAGGUGAAGAGAGCAAGAUCAGCUCAAUGGACGCCUCACCCCGAAACAUCUCUCCAGCAGUCCAGAAUGGCGACAAAGAGGACCGUUUUCUGACAACCUUGUCGAGCCAGAGCUCCACCAGUUCUGCUCUCCUCCAGCUUCCCACCCCUCCUGAAGUUGUGUCAGACCAGUUGACCGGGGGGACUUCCUUUGCCAGCGUGCUCCCUGAACCUGAGACCACGAGCAGCACUGAAGAUCCUUUUGAUGGUCACUUGCUGGGCUCUUCGGACAGCCAGGUGAAAGAGAAAUCGACCAUGAAAGCUAUCCUAGCAAAUCUCUUACCCGGAAACAGCUACAAUCCCAUCCCGUCCCCUUUUGAGCCUGACAAGCAUUACUUGAUGUAUGAGCACGAGCGCGUUCCCAUUGCGGUCUGUGAAAAGGAACCCAGCUCCAUCAUUGCCUUCGCUCUCAGUUGCAAGGAGUACAGAAGUGCCUUAGAUGAACUAUCCAAAGUGUCCCUGAAAAGCAAUGGAGAAGAAGGACUUCAAACAAGCAGUCUGGCUGAGAGCCGAGCAAAGAACAACAGUCCAGUCCGGCUGGCCGAGACGAACGUGGGACCAGCGAACUCAAUGGCAGAGGCGGAACAGCCAAAGAAGCCGUACGGAGUGUUGUCCUUCUUCCGUGGUACUGGAGGGAAAAGCCCCGAUCUCUCUGCCCAGAAAAAGGAGACUUUGCGUGGAGCAGACAGUGCCUACUACCAGGUUGGGCAGACGGGCAAAGAAGGGGCAGAGAACCAAGGGGCAGAUGCUCCAGACGAAGUGGAUGGAAGCGAUGGGCAGAAGAAACAGCUGGCCAACCCACACGUUGAACUCCAAUUCUCCGAUGCGAACGCCAAGUUCUACUGCCGGAUUUACUAUGCGGGAGAGUUCCACAAAAUGCGCGAAGUGAUACUUGGGAGCAGUGAAGAGGAUUUCAUCCGUUCGCUCUCUCACUCUUUGCCCUGGCAGGCACGAGGAGGCAAAUCAGGAGCUGCUUUUUAUGUAACUGAAGAUGAUCGUUUCAUCUUGAAGCAGAUGCCCCGCCUGGAGGUCCAAUCCUUCCUAGACUUUGCCCCGCACUACUUCACAUACAUCACUAACGCUGUGCAGCAUAAGAAACCCACAGCUUUGGCCAAGAUCCUCGGGGUGUAUCGGAUUGGUUUCAAGAACUCUCAGAAUAACACAGAGAAGAAGCUUGACCUGCUGGUCAUGGAAAACCUCUUCUACGGCAGGAAGAUGGCUCAGGUUUUCGACUUGAAGGGCUCCUUACGAAACCGAAACGUGAAAACCGAAACUGGGAAAGAGAGCUGCGAUGUGGUCUUGCUGGACGAGAACCUCCUGAAGCUGGUGCGGGACAACCCCUUGUACAUCCGCUCACACUCCAAGGCUGUCCUGAGGGUCUCCAUCCACAGCGACUCUCACUUCCUUUCCAGCCACCUCAUCAUCGAUUACUCUCUUCUGGUGGGCCGGGACGACACCACCGAUGAGCUGGUCGUCGGGAUCAUCGAUUAUAUCCGCACAUUUACUUGGGACAAAAAACUUGAAAUGGUGGUUAAGUCAACAGGAAUUCUGGGAGGCCAAGGCAAAAUGCCGACCGUGGUUUCUCCAGAAUUGUACCGGACCAGGUUCUGCGAAGCCAUGGACAAGUAUUUUCUGAUGGUGCCGGACCACUGGACAGGACUGGGCUUGAAUUGUUAAGGUAAAGGACUCCUUGAGGAGCUAUGGAAGAGAGACUUCUUCAGAUUUCCUCGACACCGUUGUCUUCGGUAGCAGUGAAAGGAAUCUUCAGCCUGCAGCAAACGACAUUUGUAGGAAUCCACACUCGGAACUUGGAUGUAGGAACGUUGAUAGGAAAGCUGCUGUUCAGAACUCCUCAAGGCCAGACCUGAAUUCUGCCAUCUCAUGCACAGAGAGAACGCUCCUAGCAAACCACCAGCCACAAGGGUAGUGUACUUGUUCCCCUUGGGCUACUGUAAACGGUCAGAGCACUGGACUCAAAUCUUGGCCCAUUUGUAAUGGCGGCUCGUGUUAGAAAUCUUACAUGUUUUCAGGGCUUUUUUUGUAGCAGGAACUCCUUUGCAUAUUAGGCCACACACCCCUGAUGUAGCCAAUCCUUCUGGAGCUUACAGUAGCCCCUGUAGUGAGAGUUCUUUAAGCUCUCGGGGGAUUGGCUACAUCAUGGGGGAGUGGCCUAAUAUGCAAAGAAGUUCUCACUACAAAAAAAGCCCUGCACAUUUUGCACAGUACUUUAACAUAAAAUCCAACGGAUGCGCAGGCCCCAAAUCAGCCCAUUAAGAUGUUGCGAUAGAGAUUUGUUUAAGAUGAGGAAAGUAACUCGUGAAUUAACACAGCAGCAUUAUGCCACCGUGGUGACCGGAGCGUAAGCAUGAUUGUGGAACCCGCUCUGUUAUGCACUGAUCUUUGUACAGGCUUCUAUGUGCUGUACAUUUUUGAGGAUUUUAGUCAUUUGUAGAGAACACCAUUUUGUCAUUUGGAGCACUACUUUUCUUUUUAAAGGUCAAACACUUUUUAAAAAGCGCAGUCAAAUAUUUUACCGCAGGUCCACUGCCCCCCCCCCCCGACUUAGAUUUCCGUGCCCCACCAGUGGAUGGAAUCGUCCUGCUUCAUGCUGGCUCAGGUGUGUGCGCUCACAUCAGGGCGUUUUUUUGUAGCAGGAACCCCUUUGCAUAUUAGGCCACACACCCCUGAUGUAGCCAAUCCUCCUGGAGCUUCCAGAAGGCCCUGUGAGAAGUAAGCCCUGUAAGCUCCAGGAGGAUUGGCUACAUCAGGGGUGUGUGGCCUAAUAUGCAAAGGAGUUCCUGCUACAAAAAAAGGCCCUGGCUCACAAACACAUAAACAAAAAUUCCCCGCCCACAAGCAAACUUUCUCCAAAGCAGGCCUUUUGACUGAGUCGAGGUCUGCCUUGAGAGCGUUACCAUAACACACUGCUUUUACUACAUUCCUGGUUUUGGUAUUACCCUGUGAGGGGGCACUUGGUUGUCUUUGCGGUGACAAAAUAUUUUGGUUCCGGAGCAACCCCACGACAUUUUUGUUCGAGUAAUGGCGGCCAGUCCUGCUUUACUUGAUUCCUUUUAAUCUCAUUACCAGGCAAAGUAUUACAUUCCACAAAUCUCUUUUUAAAAAAACCAAAACGAAACCAGGCUAUAGAGCCGAAGCUGCUCUAGGCCCACGUACACCGCUUUUCCCUUUUUAUAGCUGCUCUGAGCAUUAACUGAACCCAGGUGGUGUGUGGUGUAAAUAAACCAGGUGAUGCGGGGAUUUGGACAAUCUUCGGAGCCUGAAAAGUUUUAUUUUAAAAUACAUAUAUGAAGAGUUUACUUUUUUUGAUUUGAAUAUAAUAAAGGCUAGUACAAAUGA